AUGCUUGCGGGCGUGGGUCACGAUACUGUCGUGCGCCUUUUUGACUUCAUUGUUGACGUGCUGCUUAAGGGGGUCGAUGAUGUUUGCGCCGGCCCUGUCGGCAUAGUCUGCGAACGCCUGCGCUGCCUUGAGGGCCUUGGUCACCAGACCGGAUUGCAGCUCGUGGAAUUUAGCGUGGAGUUCUUGCAGAGUGUUUUGCUUAAUUGUCUUGCUAUUUGCAGCGUUACCAAUUUUGUCAUUUUUGAGACUCUCCAAUUUCUUUUUGACGCCUUGCGUUGUUUCUUUUAUAGCGUUCGUCAGGGUUUCCAGAUGCUCUUUGAUUUUUUGAGCAACUCCUUCCAGCUUCUGCGGGAUAUAAUUGGCGGAGAGUUCCGUGGCGGUGUCUUUGAGUUUCUCGAUGGCCUUGUCGACAUCGGCGGCGUGGUUGGGAGUGGAUCCGGCGGAUUGUCCAGUCGCCGCUUCGAGACUACUGUUCAGGCCGUCAACGUUGAUUUUAACGGUGUUCAAUUCUUUGUAGACGCUGUCUCGGUCAGCGGAUGUCUUGCCGACGUUAGUUGUCAAUUUUGA